CAGCUGUGGAAACACACUCCCCUUUUCAUAUACACUCAGUCUCCUACAUAAUUCUUUGUUGUUUCUCCACUUAAUGAUCUGCACAACUGCAAACGUCAGCAUUUCUCUGCUCCUCACAGGAAACGUGAUCAUGUACGCCGAGCUGCGCGUGAAGCCGAAACCCAAAGGCAACAGCAGACCAGAGACUUCCUCUUCUGGCUGUCGACACAGGUGCUCAGCCUGGUUCUAUGUGGCGCUGGUCCUGGGAGUCCUUGUGCUCAUCCUGCUCGGAAUCAUAGCCAUACAAGCCAAGCAAUUUUUGAAGGGCAGAGCAGGAAAAUCAGAAGGUUUGUCCCAGUAUAGUCUGAAUAGCAGCAGCAAUCGCAUUUCUUCAGAGAAGACCUUCCCCGCAGUGCUCCUGAAAUGGCUCAUGGAGGAACUGUGUGAAGAUGGACAGGGAACUACAUGUGAGCUCUGUCCUCCCGGGUGGCAGCUGCACAGGGGCAGAUGUUACUACUUCUCUGAGGAGGCUAGAAGCUGGGAUGACAGCCAGAAAAAGUGUCUGGCCAGGAAAUCCCAGCUUCUUGUCAUUGAAGAUGAAAUUGAGAUGGAAUUUAUAGACAAUAAAGAGAAAGAUCCCAAAUAUAUCUGGAUUGGGUUGAAGACUCAAGACAAGAAGAAACAAUGGAGUUCAGUUGGAGAUCACGGAGUAAAAGUAAACAGCAGGACAGCUCUAAAGAGAAUUGAGACCGACAAGAACUGUGCUGUUUACAGAAGGAAAAAUGUGAUCCAAGCAGACAACUGCCAGACACUGAAAAAGUGGAUCUGUAAGAAGAAUGCAACUUUGCUGGAGCUCUGAGCCAAAUUUACAGACAACAGGCAGUUUUCUGUCAGAAGACCCAUUUUACUGACAAACCAACUUGCAAUGUAAAUAAUUUUAAUGAGACUUGCGUGGAAUAUUGCUGUUUUGUGCUCCCUAGGAAGUCAGAAGUUGCCAGGUGUCAGCAGUGACAGGUCACAGGACUGCAAGUUGGCACCUGUAGAUUUGGGAGUGCUGAGCCUUCAUAUGGACAGACUUUGGAAGCAGCUGCCUCUCUAGGAAAGGGCAGAGAGGAAGGAUGAGGAUGAGCACUGUGUAGGUGAGAUGUGUGACGUGCAGGAAAAGUGGCAUCUGCAGGGGCUGAAGAGUGUGCUGGGGCCCACUGCUGUCAUACACGUCCCUCAGGCAGCUGCUGAGCUCAGGACUUGUUAUUUGGGUUUCAGCAUUUUAGUGUUUUCU